AUGAAGCUUCAAGCCGGUUUGCUCGUCUCUGGAGCUGCACAGUCGCUUGCUGCGGCGUUCCCAAGCACGACUUGUGGCGAUGGGUACCGUCCUUUGGUAAAUUCGAAGCCGUAUCAAGAGUUGAUCACGACCGAGGGUCUUAUGGGCAACCUCCAAGAGCUCGACGCAAUCGCCAAGGCCAAUGGUGGAAAUCGUGCCUUCGGAUUCCCGGGCUACAAAGCCUCGGUUGACUACAUUCUCUCCCGGACGCAAAACUCGAGCAACUUCAUUACUUACGUCCAGGACUUCCCUGCGCUGUGGUUCCAGGUCAAGUCAAUCUCAUUCAAGGUCGAUAACCAGUCUUACUGGGUGGUUGGACCCACUUACUCUCCUUCGACAUCUACAGAAGGCUGGACGGCGCCUUUGGUCCUCGGCGUCAAUGGGCCAGAGGGCUGUACGAACGAGGCGUACGCGGACCUCGAUGUCAAAGACAAGAUCGUGCUCGUUCAGCGAGGGGCUUGUCCGGAUGGCACAACCGUCGCUGGACGAAUCAAGCCCGCCGCAGCUGCAGGCGCUAUUGCUGUCAUUGCGUACAGCGACCUAACGACCAAGGUCACGGGCGUGACCCUCCAAAACCCGGGACCGGAAUUCGUGCCUGCAGGGUACAUCAACAAAGCUGACGGCGAGGCGUUGAAGGCGCGACUCGAUGCCGGAGGGUCAAUAGAUGCCUAUUUUCAACACACGCAAGUCAUCGAGACCAAGAUCACGCAGAACAUCUUCACCGAGACCAAGGGAGGCGACCCAACCAACGUCAUCAUGCUUGGUGCACACCUUGACAGCGUGCAGGCCGGUGCUGGUAUUAACGACGAUGGCUCGGGAAGCACUUUGAUCCUCGAGCUGAAAACUGCGCUCGAGAAGUUCAAGGUCAAGAACAAGGUCCGUUUCGCAUGGUGGGGCGCUGAAGAGAACGGUCUCCUUGGGUCCAAGUACUACACCCAAAACUUGAACGCUACCGCCGCAAACAACAUCUUGACAUACUUGAACUUCGACAUGGUGUCCCGUGGUUACUUCGGUGUCUUCGAUGGUGACGGCAGCACUCAUAACCUCACCGGACCCCCGGGUUCCGACGUCUUGGAAAAGCUUUUCGUGGACGAAUACACCAAGAAGGGCAUCAACGUCACAGCUGCGAGAUUCACAGGUGGUAGCGACUACCAGUCCUUCAUGAACAUCGGAAAGCCAGUUGGCGGGCUUCACACCGGAACGGGUGUUGAGCAAGACCCCUGCUAUCAUCAAGAGUGUGACACGAUUGAUAAUCCGAACCCGACCGUCCUGACCAUCAAUGCCAAGCUUGGACUCAAGAUCCGAGCGAGAGACAUCUGCGCACUUGCGGACACGAUGUAUGAUGAGAUGAAGAAACAUAGAUACAUACUGUAA